AUGCUGAAACACUUACCAUAUUCUCCAACAGUUUUGUUGCUGUUAAUACAGGUGAACUAUAGACCACCAUCUAGAAUGGGAAUCGCUGUUCCACUCACAGAUAAUUUUUAUAAUGUACACCCAGGCAAAUCUAAAAUGAGAAAUUAUUUUAAAGAAUCACAGAAUACUGGAAAGUUCAAACAGUGUGCUAACAAGCCCAGCCGAGCCGAGUGUAACUGUGAGGAUAAUAUGAAGCUGUCGUUUUCAGUUGCCUUUUCAGACUGUAAAGAGAAGGCUCUACGAAUGAAAUUUCCAGUAGUAAAGCUUCCUCUCUAUUUUGUUGUGGAGGAUGAGGGUUAUUCUAUAAACCUGACAGCUCCUUAUUUUGUCAGCAUAGAAGAAAUAAACAACAGAAUGAACUGGAAAGUUUCAGGUACCGACAGAACAUCAAGUAUGGAAAAAUUAAGGAUAUACUUCCAAAAAACCAACAAAAUGAGGUUGUAUAAUCCAGAUGGGCUAACUUUAUCAAUAACUGGAUCUGAGCUUUUCCAUUUUAGAGUAUCCACUAUUCCUGGAGUCUCCUUUUGUAAUUUAUUUGAUGAAUUUCAGAUUUAUGUUGAUGAUUCACCACUGGCUUUUCCAGGACGGCAUCUCAUCAGUACAAUUGUGGCUGUGUUAAUAGGAGGCAUUCUCUUUGUAGCCUUUCUUCUGCAUAUCUAUGAAAUCCAGAUAGGAAAUUUUUUUAAGAGGAAAUCAAAGAGAAACAAAGUAGAAUCAAAAACUUCAACUGCCACAGCUUCAGAAACAUCUAGUACUAGCACUGAAUCAUAA